AUGGAAAUGAAGGAUGGCACAGAAGAACAACUCAACUAUACACGACCAGGCCUUCCCAACUUUAGCCCAGAAACUGUGAACAGCUGGAAGAACGAGGUGAAAGAAAAAGGAUUUAUCUGCUGCCCCAAUUGUAACUGUGAGGCUAUCUACUCAAGUGUAUCUGGACUUAAAGCACACUUGGCAAGCUGUAACAAGGGAGGGGGCGACGUAGGGAAGUACACUUGUUUGCUCUGUCAGAAGGAGUUUAACUCUGAGAGCGGUGUGAAGUACCAUAUCAGCAAGACACACUCUCAGAACUGGUUUCGGGCGUCUACCAAUAAGGUGACUAACAACAAGAAAAAAGAGCCAGAGAGCAAUGGCUUACAGAAGGACAUGAAAAAGGUAGUGCAUGGGAAGAGGAGGGGACGAAAGCCCAAAGAGCACCACCUGGUGACAGCCCCCUUUCCAGCAGAGACUCAGAGCUUCAGCUCUGCUCCACCCCAGACCGUAAGCCCAGCCCCAGAAAGCCAAACCCCCAUGCCCAACCCCGUCACCAACACCCCAACCACUCCCCCUUCCCCAGUGGACAGUGGGAAUCCAGCCCAGGCCAGAGACACACAGCCCCCUAGAAAGAAACGAGGCAAAACUAAGAAAGCGUCGACCACUGAGUAACACGGCUUUUACUCCGUCAACACCAGAAGGGAUGCUUUCCGAACUUCUCCGGAUAAAUCUUUAGUCAAUUCGGUCAUGGAAAUGAAGGAUGGCACAGAAGAACAAGCUCGGAAAGAUGAACGGCAGAACAAGGGGAUGAAAUACAGCAGAAAACAACAAUGAUUUGCUCUUGUAUUGUUUUCACACUGAUCUUUGUGUUUUUUAAGCUGAGUAUAUACAUUAUGUGUGUGCUUGUGUAUACUUAUAUAUAUUACUCCUGUUGUUUUUUCAUUCCAUUUUUAUAGUUGAUUUUAAUAAGUUGUUCACUCUA